AUGGAUCGCGGAGGAGGAAUUUAUGUGGAUGAGCUGCGGCGCAGACAACGGCGGCGGCGCCUCGCUUCAAAGCCGCUGGAGACUCGGCGGCGUCGACUGCAGUACUGCCGACGGCACAAUGAGAAGGACGGGCGGCUGCUGUAUUGUGACUACUGUGACCUCUUCGUGUGCAGCGGGCAGCGGACAUGGCUGCAGCACCUUGGUGGGGUGCGGCACAUGGAGGCUGUGGAGGCGUACUACUCCUUGCUGGAGGCCCGCGAUCCUGCGUGGGUGAAUGCUGUCCGCGAGGAUGUGUCGCGGGCCCACGUGGAGGAACACGUACGGCAGCACCAGCUCGUAGCGGGGAAGGGGGCAUCGGUGCCAAUGCCUGCCAUGACGCUUGGUUAUGUAGGUCAGCAAGGCAUCGUUGUUGGGGGAACGCAACCACCUGGCGUUACGCACGCCAGAGUGGACAAGAGCGACAGCGACAGUCGCGGCAGAAGUAGUGCGCAGCGUGGAUCCCCAUCUGUGCGAGUGGGUGGGCUUCUCGUAGCGGCUGCCACGCCCCCAGUGGUGAAGGUUGACGGCAAGGCUAUGCCGCUCCCGCAGGGCUGCAAUCAGACGAUGCACCGACCUUGA